CUCUGAGGAGAAGGGCUGAACAGACUGGUUUCUGGAAGGCAAAAUGAAUAACAGCAGCUGUACUCCACCGGAUAAGGAACUAUUUGAACAUACAGUGCUGCCUAUUCUUUACAUCUUGGUAUUUCCUGUUGGAGUGGUACUGAAUGUGUGGGGAAUGAAGUCUUUGCUGCAUAACUGGAAGAAAUCUCAGGGCAUUUAUGUCCUUGCUGUUAACCUCGGACUAGCAGACAUGUUGUAUCUGCUCACUCUCCCCUUUCUGAUCACGUACUACUUCAAAGGGAGUGACUGGAUCUUUGGAGAAGCCUUCUGCAAGAUAACAAGGUUCUGCUUCAAAGUGAACUUAUACUGCAGCAUCGGAUUCCUGACGUGUAUAAGCGUCUACAGGUACCUGGCCAUCGUUUAUCCAUUAAAAACAUUGGGGACAUUAACAGUGACUAAUUCUGCAGUAAUCUCAGCCAUGGUAUGGAUUCUGGUGAGUGCUCAGAGUGUUCCAGAUGUGUUCUUCCCCAAACAUUCAGAGAGCAAGACUAACCAAUGUUAUGAUACAACUGAAUGGGAUAAGGUUAAAGAUUACCUCCCCUACAGCCUCAGCGUGACAUUCAUUGGAUUCUGCAUCCCGUAUGGCAUUAUUCUGGGCUGCUACGGACAUGUGACUCUUGUUCUCUGUCGCUCAAACACUAUAACAAAGGAUGUGAAACAGCGAAUCCUAAAGCUGUUGGUUUUGCUGAUUCUUUACUUCUCGCUUUGUUUUGCUCCCUAUCAUGUCUUCAAGAACCUCAACCUUUAUUCCAGAGUCCUGAUCAAAGAGGGUACAUGCCCCCCAUGGAAUUCUGGAGUCUUCAUUGCACAUCAGGCAAGUCGUGGUCUUGUGAGCCUGAACAGCGCUCUCAACCCGCUGGUUUACUUCCAUGUAAAUGAGGAUAUGGGAACUAAGUUCAGGCAGCUGAUGCAGGGAAGUCGACAGAUAUCCCGUCGUUUGUUUCAGUCAAAGUCCAGCUCUAUGCCUGUAACACAGACAGAGCAAGAAGUUGACAGUCCAGUGACAGAAAGAUUUGUUCCUUCUGAUUAACAGUGUCAUGUGUGAAAGUUUACAUUUUGUAAAAAAAAAAAUUGUACAGCUCUGUGUGCUUUGUAUUAAUGCAACAUAGCUUAAUUUUCUGCUCAAUCUGAGAUGCAGACAACAAAUACCUUUGGUUUAAGCCUGUUCUAGUUGCCACGAUUCAGAUGAUUUGGGAUAUUAGCAGGAGGUACGCUUUGUAUUCUUUUGUCUUACUGACUCUUUUUGCCAAAUACUACAAAGUUUAAAAUAAAUAAGAAAUCAAGCUAAAAGAGUCUCACUUUCACUGCUGUACUGGAAUAACAGACAAAGGAUUAGAAAGUGUUGAAUAAACUGGAAGAAGUGCUGUUUGGAAAAAAAAAAAGCCAAGUCCAAAUAAAUGACUUCACAUUAAAAACAAACCCUAA